UCGGUUCCCGUUGCCGCCGCCAUGGCCUCCGCUCGGGCCCCGGCAGCGCGAGGUGGCGCCCGCCCGCUCGUGCGGGCCCCCGCGCCUGCAGAGGCCACCAAGACCAAGGCUGCAGAAGAGAGCGAUGCUCCCCCGGCCAAGAGAGCCCCCAUCUUCUAUGGCAGCCUUGAAGAGAAGGAGAAGGAGCGUCUGGCAAAGGGAGAGUCGGGGCUGCUGGGGAAGGAGGGGAUGAAAGCGGCGAUCGAAGCUGGCAACAUCAACAUUAGCAGUGGUGAGGUCUUUGACCUCGAAGACCACAUGAGUGAGCGUCAGGCUGAGGUGCUGGCGGAGUUCGAGCGCAGGAAGCGAGCCCGGCAGAUCAACGUGUCCACUGAUGACUCUGAAGUCAAAGCCUGUUUGCGGGCGCUUGGGGAGCCCAUCACCCUCUUUGGAGAAGGUCCUGCAGAAAGGAGGGAGAGGUUAAGAAAUAUCCUUUCAGUGGUUGGCACAGACGCGUUAAAAAAGACCAGGAAAGAUGACGACAGGUCUAAAAAGUCCAGAGAAGAGUAUCAGCAAACCUGGUACCACGAAGGACCACGCAGCCUGAAAACAGCGCGGCUCUGGCUUGCAAACUACUCACUCCCCAGGGCAGCGAAGCGGUUGGAAGAAGCCCGCCUGCUCAAAGAGAUCCCAGAGGCAACCAGGACAUCGCAGAGACAGGAGCUACACAAAUCCCUGCGGUCCUUGAAUAACUUCUGCAGCCAGAUUGGAGAUGAUCGCCCGCUGUCCUACUGCCACUUCAGCCCCAAUUCCAAACUGCUCGCGACUGCCUGCUGGAGUGGGUUGUGCAAGCUCUGGUCCGUGCCCGACUGCAACCUUGUCCACACCUUACGAGGACACAGCACCAAUGUAGGAGCAAUAGUUUUCCAUCCCAAAGCCACUGUCUCCCUGGACAAGAAGGAUGUUAACCUGGCCUCCUGUGCAGCUGAUGGUUCUGUCAAACUCUGGAGCCUUGAAAGUGAUGAACCGGUGGCAGAUAUUGAAGGACACAGCAUGAGAGUGGCACGUGUGAUGUGGCACCCGUCAGGCCGGUUCCUGGGUACCACCUGCUACGAUCACUCGUGGCGCCUGUGGGACCUGGAAGCUCAGGAGGAGAUUCUCCAUCAGGAGGGGCACAGCAAAGGGGUCUAUGACAUUGCCUUUCACACAGACGGGUCCCUCGCAGGCACUGGAGGACUGGAUGCUUUUGGCCGGGUGUGGGACCUGCGCACGGGACGCUGCAUCAUGUUCCUGGAAGGCCACCUGAAGGAGAUCUAUGGGAUUAACUUCUCCCCUAAUGGAUACCACGUUGCGACUGGCAGUGGUGACAACACAUGCAAGGUGUGGGACCUGCGCCAGAGGAAGUGCAUCUACACCAUUCCUGCCCACCAGAACCUGGUGACCGGGGUGAAGUUUGAACCCAACCAUGGAAACUUCCUGCUUACGGGCGCCUAUGACAACACAGCCAAGAUCUGGACUCACCCUGGCUGGUCCCCACUGAAGACACUGGCUGGUCAUGAGGGAAAGGUGAUGGGACUGGACAUCUCCCUCGAUGGCCAGCUGAUAGCAACCUGCUCCUAUGACAGAACCUUCAAGCUGUGGACAGCGGAGUAGCUCAGAGCUGUUGCUCAUGAACUGAAGGAGACGUUCGUGGCCGUCAGCUAGGACAACCUUUUUUAUAUUAAAGAAAGGAAUGGGCUAUUGCAGCAUGUGGUGGGGCAGCUGGGCACUGGCUGGGCUUGGGUUGAGGUGGUUGUGAAGUACCUGUGUUUGCUGGAGGCAAAUCUUGGGUCAUGUUUUUGUACCCUUUAGGAUGCUGGUUUCAUACUGCAGAUACUUUCUGCUGCCGUUUGGAGAUGAUCCAUCUGCUUCCACCCUCCCUUCCCUGUCAGCCUCAGAGGUUUCCUCCAGUCCAUUUUACACAUCUGUGGCUCCCCACACACCCCUCAGAUGUGCUGUGGUGGUCAGCCUCUGCUCAUUCCCUUCUUACCUUCUAUUUCCAGGAGCCUUUGGAAGGAGUCUGUGGCUUCAAACUUGAUUUGCAUUUAAAGAAGGGAAAACUUGGUGUGAGUGUUAGAGGAACAUGGUACCCCAAGUGUGGAGGUCUGUUUGCCCUUUGUGUUCACCCACAGGAGGUGUUAAAGGCCAGGGAAGUUUCUUUGUAUGUACCAGCUCAUGUCCUUGAUGAGCUGGGUGCUUCAAAUGCACGUAGGCAUCUCCUGUGUAAGUUUUUGCUGUGUCUCACCUGAGGUGAUGUGAGAAAGGGUGUUUCAGUGUAGGACUGUCUUGUUCUAACAUACACACUGCAGGGAGCAUUCUUCCUUGAUGUUUAUUCUUCACAUUGAGGCUUUGCAGAUGUUGUGUUCUGGAAAAUCAAAGCAUGUUUUGAAUGUGCCUCUGGGCCCGAGUCAGGAAUGGAGAAAUUACAGGAACUUCACAGC